AGAAAAGAAAUCAACCUCUUGUAAAGCUGCAUGGAAUAAAUAAUCGGACAAUGACAGAUUAUUUGGAUACACAAAUGAAUCCUAACCAACAAUAUGCACUGGACCCAUCCCUGCAUAUGUCUCAGAAUCAAUCGCAGUGUGACAGAUUUUUGUACAACCCAUACAUAGUCCCAAGUCUCUUCUUUCUGAUGUUCCCAAUAGCCUUGUUGUUGAAUGUUGUAGCAGCAUGGGUGUCUGUACAUCUAAAGUCUACCUCCACUUUUGUGGUAUACCUGAAAAAUCUAGUAGCUGCUGACAUAAUUAUGACCCUCAUGAUACCAAUCAAAGCUGCAGGGGACUUACCUGACACAUGGGAACAAUUAUCUGGACCAACCUGCCGUUUUUUUGCUGUGAUUUUCUACAAUGCACAGUACACAUGUAUCGCUCUGUUGGGAUUAAUUAGUCUCGAACGUUUCUUUAAGAUCAUGAUGCCGCACAGCAGGCUCUCUGGGCAAAGUCUGACGAUGAGCAAAGUGGUAUCUGCCACAGUCUGGUUGGUUCUUUUUAUAGGUACAGGUUUGCCGAAUAUCAUUCUUACAAACAAAACAUUAAACAAUACAUCAGUUAUCACUACAUGCAUGGUUCUGAAAGGACCAGCAGGAGUAGCAUUCCAUGAAGCAACAUCCCUCCUCAUGAAUAUAUUCUUUUGGUUUGUUAGUGUGGUCAUCGUAGUUUGCUACAUCUGCAUCGCAAACAGAGUCAUCCAGUCCUACAGGAACUCCGGUAGUAAUAACAGCCAGGGAAAGCAGAAAAUCAAACUACGUGUUUUUCUUGUCAUUAUAGUGUUUUUCAUCUCAUUUGCUCCAUACCACAUCAUUAGGAUCCCAUACACUUCCCAGCAAGUCAGCUACUCUUCCACAGACUGCUUUCAGACAUAUGAUCAUUUACAAUUUGCCAAGGAACUGACCCACUGGCUCGCUACCACCAAUAUCUGCAUGGACCCACUGCUCUAUGUCUUCCUUUGUCGAGAGUUCAAGGAGAAACUAAUGUCAAUGACAAAAAAAUGGGUUGAUAUCUUUCAAAGUGACAAAAAAGCCAAAAAUCCAAAAGUCUUGACCUCAUUAAAGAUGUAGUCAAAUAUGUGUCUGCACCACUGACUUGUUUUACAUUGGUCUAAAAGAGAAGGAAAUAGGAGCAGCUUAUGAAACUUCAGUUUUUGGCUUAUUUAUUAUGAGGAGUUCUGCACUGUUACAUACAGUGAAUCUUUGAUAGGAGGGGGAAAAUCUACAUUAAAAAAAUGCCCAUUUUAUAUGUUCUAAUAAACAACCCACAAUUUUGAGAGCUUUAAGUCUAGUAACGUGUUUGAUGUCCAUGCAUUCUAGAUGUCAAGUGCAUGUCAGAGCUAUUUUGGACAUCAUUAGAACUGUAAACACUUUGAAUUUAAUGUUUGGAGCUGACUACACAGUGUAACUGUACACUAACAUAAAUGGCAUAUGGUGUAAGUCAAAAUAACCUGUUG